CUGGUCGCAUUCGUAUGCGGAAGUUGCAUAGGUACAAUACACUACAAAGAAUUACACUACGGGAAGUUCCAAGUGCGCCAAUGGCUGCAGUUCCUGCGUCCCUUCCCGGGCCCAACGCAACCUCUCGCAUCCUUUGCGAGGAAUAGGCAGUUAUCCCCGCUCUCCCCCAGACUGAGAAGAUGGCCCCGAGUCCGUGGCAAACACACACUGGUCUUCCGGACCCCCGAGACAUUGUCGUAUAAGGACCAUCUUGCUUCAUCCCCUGCCGUCUGCUGACUCUCCUCUGUCUCUUCCUCCUUCUCUGCGAACAGCCUACACUCGUUGAAAGUGAGACUAGACCGUCUAGACGCUCGUUGUCUUCAAUUUCACUCUCCCAGAGAACAGAUAGAGCAACACCAGCCUCCAUAAUGAAGUACAGCACUGCCCUCCUCACGCUGGCCGCGGCCGCCUCGGCCCAGGAUAUCAGCAUCUUCCCGGAGUGCUCGCUCCAGUGCAUCAUCAGCGGCAUCAGCAGCGGCAGUAGCUGUGAGGCCACCGAUUUUGUCUGCGUCUGCAAUAACAUGGACGCCAUCAAGAACGCCGCCACACCCUGCGUCGUCCAAAGCUGCGGCAUCGACACGGCCUUGAACGAAGUCCUCCCGGCAACAGAGAAAUUCUGCGCCGACGUCGGCUCCGGCUCCUCCUCCUCCUCCUCCCCGCCCGCCCCUUCUUCCUCUUCAGCUGCUGCCACCACCACAGCUGAAGCAACCCAGACCACCACCGCCGCCGAGUCCUCCUCCUCCUCCUCCUCCUCCUCUUCUUCUGAAGAGCAACCGGAGCCGACCGAGACCACCACCGCCGCCGGCAGCGGCAGCGGCAGCGGCGGCGGUGAUUGUCCCUGCGAGGAGACGUCAACCACCGGCGGCUCAGCGCCCCCGAGCGGCUCCUUCAUCACCUCGGCGACCACGGCCACGGGCAGCGAGAUCCCGGAGCCGAGCGCCGCGCCCACCACCACGGCGGCGGCAACGACGUCGGCGGCCACUGCGGGUGCCGCCGCUGUCGGGUACAUCGGUGGCCUGGGCAUGCUGGCCCUGGGCGCUGUUGCUGCUCUCUAGUAACAGAAAAAGGCUGAGGGUAAAGGGGGUUAUGUUUAUUAUCGCUCGCUCGCUCUCUCUCUCUCUCUCUCUCUCUUUCUCUCGGUCUCUCUCUUGCAGAUGUAGCAUAGGC